UAGGGUUUGAUGAAUUAAAAAUCUAUCAACAAAAUCAAAAACAAAAUCCCAAGAUUUGUCUUUGCGUACAAAGUACAAUACAAAGCAGAAUCUCUCAAUCAUGCUGACAUCUCUCCGUAUGCUGCCUGUCCUAUGAGGUGUAAAAACAAUCAAAUCAUUUAUAGAAGGUAAUCAAUGCCCCCUGAAAGAAAAGGAAAUACAUAAAAAAGGGGUUAAUCAAUGAAAUAACAAAGUGCAAUGUAUUUUAUUGUUCAAUUAUUUUAUACACAAAAAAAGAAAAAAAAAAAAAGCAGUGAGAGAGAGAAGGGGGAGCCGCAGACCAGUGCCUCGCCGAAACUUCAAAGAGUCACAGACCCCAAUUUUUUUUAAUGGAUAAUAAAUAAAUUAAAAAAAGAGAAAAUAAUGGGACUAGGGUUUUACAGAUGGAAGUCUCUGGAGAGAAAGAGUAGGUAAUUAUUUAUUUAUUUAUAUAUGUGUAUGUAUGUAUAGGUACAAAGAGAGAAAGAAAGGAAAGAAAAGGGAGAUUAUUAUAGUAUGAAUAUGAUGAGGAGGCAACGAUGUUAUUUGGAUAUAAGCAUUGGAGAAGAGCUUGAGGGAAGGAUAAUAGUGGAACUGUUCAAUGAUGUAGUACCCAAAACUGCAGAGAAUUUCAGGGCUCUUUGCACUGGUGAAAAGGGCAUUGGCCCUAACACUGCUGUUCCUCUCCACUACAAGGGAGGUCGUUUUCAUCGGGUUAUUAAAGGAUUUAUGGUACAAGGUGGAGAUAUAUCUGCAGGAGAUGGUACUGGAGGAGAGUCAAUUUACGGUUUGAAAUUCGAAGAUGAAAAUUUUGAUAUGAAACAUGAAAGGAAAGGGAUGUUAUCAAUGGCGAAUGCUGGUCCUAACACAAACGGUUCUCAGUUCUUCAUCACUACAACUCGCACUUCUCAUUUAGAUGGGAAACAUGUUGUAUUUGGCAAGGUUGUCAAAGGAAUGGGAGUCGUUCGUUCAAUUGAGCACGUAACUACUGGUGAAGCUGAUUGUCCCACCGUCGAUGUUACAAUUGUCGAUUGUGGAGAAAUCCCAGAGGGGGCAGAUGAUGGGAUAUCCAAUUUUUUCAAUGAUGGUGAUGCUUAUGCCGAUUGGCCAGCUGACCUCGAUGAGAGCCCUGAUGAGCUCUCUUGGUGGAUGACUGCUGUGGAUUCUAUCAAGGCUUUUGGAAAUGAAUAUUAUAAGAAACAAGACUACAAGAUGGCACUCAGAAAAUACCGAAAGGCUCUACGCUACUUAGAUAUCUGCUGGGAGAAAGACGGGAUCGAUGAAGAGAAGACUUCAAGUUUGCGGAAGACAAAAUCUCAGAUAUUCACAAAUAGCUCUGCUUGUAAACUGAAACUAGGGGAUCUUAAAGGUGCACUGUUGGACACAGAGUUUGCUAUGCGUGAUGGGGAAAACAAUGUGAAAGCCUUGUUUCGCCAAGGCCAGGCAAACAUGGCACUUAAUGAUGUUGAUGCUGCUGCUGAAAGCUUCAAGAAAGCUUUGCAAUUGGAGCCAAAUGAUGGUGGAAUAAAGAAAGAGCUUGCUGCUGCUAUGAAAAAGAUCAAUGAUCGGCGCAAUGAGGAGAGGAGGCGAUACCGUAAGAUGUUCCAAUCAGACACCACUGCUAUUUUCAGUAACGGCAAGGGGAAGGGCAUAAACAUGUGUUACCGAUCAUAGAAACUAAGUUCCUUCCCGUAAAAGUUCAACAGUUGCUACCUGCCUCACACGUUGCAUAAGUUGCCUUCUGCGAUAGAUGCCGACCAAACGCAGGAUGAGUACCAGAGUAAUGGCCGAAAAAUCAAACACUCUUCCGAUUCCAACGCCCCCUGCAAACAUCAUAUUCUAAUGUAACAAUAAUCAUCAAAUCGUCUCCUACGGUUGAUAAGUGUCUCAGUUUUAAAAGAGGAUACCUGUUGGAAGGAAAUCAAAAGGUGUGGCUCUGUAGAUGAUACUUAAUAGCAUCUGCAAACAUGACAGAUAGAUGAAAAGAGUUUUAAAAAGCAGUAAAAACAGUCAUGAGGCUUGUUUUAGUGACAUGACCAACUCAUUCAACGUAAAUACGCAUGAUGCCUAUUUUGACCGAUACAUUUACAGAAGAAAAGGAAAUUUCUGGUAAAUAUUGAAUCAGCUUAACUGCAAAAAGGCGCAUCUCGGCAAUAUAUGUGUCAUUUGCAUCAGGAUCCAUCAAUCCUCGGAAUAUUUUCUUCAUGAAGAAUGGUAACUGACGUAGUUUCUGCUAAGAAGAGAAGGAAAAGAAAUGUUAGUGGCCUGCUUGCAAUGAACAAAACAUUCACAUAAUGUGGCGAAAAAUAAACAACAAAAUCACUUUGCAAACUCAACCUAUUAAAGGCUAAAGACUAGCAGAAAUACCUGAAUGUAUCCGAGCGCACCUCCUACAAAGAGAAGGUUAUACC